UUUUCUCUCUCUACCCCCAGCCCCUUCCCCUCACUGUCUCUGUCUCUCUCUCUCUACGGCACAAACACAGAGGGUUUCCUUUUGUUUCCGAAUUUUCUCUCGACUCCUCGGCCCCUCUCUUCCUCGAUCGGCAGACGGACGCUGUCUUCUCUCUCUCUCUCUCUCUCUCUGUCUAUCUACGGAUUGAAUCCUCGUACCAGGAGGCGCCCGCACGGGAUCUCUCUAUCAGAAGGAGAAAUCAUCGCCCUUUAAGCUGCUCCGUCCGGGUUGAUUUUUUUGUCGGAGGAAGGGAGGUGGGUGUUGUCUUUUUUCAUUUUUUUGGUUUUCCCUUUGUCGGGGGAGGAUUCGGCUUGGAAGGGGAGCUUGUCGAUCGGGUUUGGCCGGUGGAGAUUAGGGUUUCCCGUUCCCUAGAUUUGAUUGUCCAAUUCUUUUAUGCGUUUCAUUCUUUUGGGAUUUUGUAGCACCUGUGAAUCCCUAGCUAUGGUCCAGCUGGGAGAGAAAUUGGAGGAAAUUCGUUGAUUUGUCCAUCUCUAUAUGUGGGGGGGCAGUGGCACCAUUUCCAGCAGUUAUUAGGUUUUCCCAUUUCCACAAGAAAACUCCGUGAGAUUUUUGGUGCGUUGUUUUUGUUUGCCAUCCGAAAUUGAGGGUUUCCUUGUUCUAUAUUCCUACACAAAUCCGCCAAAAAAAAAAACAAAGAAAUUUCUUUUAUUUUCUUUUUAUGCUGAUUCCCCUUUUUUCUUGUUCAUUUCAUUCGAAAAGCCAGGCCCAAAAAAAAGGAGAAAAUAGAAAAGAGAAAUCUUAGAGCCUGUAGAAUUGUCUAUACAUCAUGGCCUUGAAUUUUUCUCAUAGACCGGUCUUUCCCGCUGCUGGAUGCGGUCUCGAGGGCAGUUCGGAGGACAGGUUCUGUAAUCAUUUGCUCUCUGAUGGGGAUGUCAAGGAUUGUUUUGAUUAUGGGAGAGAUAUGUGCAAGAGUGGGGGCUGCUCCCAGGAGUCGAUUUCGAAUGACAUUCUUGAUCUUUUGCCAUCCGAUCCAUUCGGAAUGGAGAUAAGCACUACUUUUACGGCCAUCACCGGGUGGCUUGAAGACUUGGAGAUGGAUUAUGGUGGUUAUGGGUGCGACAUGGUUGGGGAAAACAACGAAGAUUAUCAGUUAUUUGCAGGCUUGAAUUUUCUAUGGAACAAUGCAAUGAAGUUCCAGACUUUUCCAGGGCCCAUCGGGUUCGACAGCAAAUCUAGUCUCGCUGGUGGGAUUGGCGGGUAUUAUGGAGCUGCCAGGGGGUCCUGCGAUUUCGGUUUGGGACAGAGGAAUGAACUUUGUGGGCGCCCUCGCACCGAUGAUGGAAGGGUUAAAUCUGCCUGUUUGGGGUUUGAGUCAGCUCAGGCUGGUGGAUUUGGAUCAACGGGUGGCGUCGAGGUCUCUUUCAAUGACGGGGAAAUCGGGUUGGGCCAACAGAUGAAGGAAGUUGGAAAUGCAUCUUGUUCAACGGGGAUCCAGUCAUUGGGAGGGUACGAUAUCUGCUCAGCCGAGAGUCAUGGAAGCUUUGUUACUGAGAGAACUCAAACUUCAAGUUGUCAAAAGAGUUCCGUUGGAACUUGUUCCAAUGGAAAUGGAAUGCCUCAUGCAGCUCUGAAUUUUGCUUUUAGCUAUCUGGGUGUGCGGGAUCUUUUAUCUGUGGAGGGGGUUUGUAGAUCCCUACGUGCAGUAGUACAGAGUGACACCCUUUUGUGGAGGAAUAUCCAUAUAGGCCAGCCGCUGAAUGAAAAGAUCACCGAUGACAUUCUUUUGAAGCUGACAAAUAGGGCUCAAGGUCACUUGCAAUGUUUGAGCCUCAUAGAAUGCACUCGAAUCACAGAUGAUGGCUUGAAGCAUGUUCUUCUAAGUAAUCCGAGGAUAUCUAAGUUGUGUGUUCCUGGAUGUACAAGGUUGAGUAUCAGUGGCAUCAUUGAGACGUUGAAAAUGUCCAAGUCCAUGGGCACUUUGAGGGUGAAGCACUUAAGGAUUGGGGGCCUUUAUGGUGUUACCCUGGAACAUUUUGAAGAGCUGAAGCAAUUGUUGGGCAUGGACAGUGAUGGGCCUCCAAAUGUCCAUAAGCCUCACUUUUACAACAGAGGCAACCUGUACUUGUCUUGCGAUGAUGACCGUACAAUCGAUAUUGAGAUGUGUCCAAGAUGCCAAAAGAUGAGGUUGGUGUACGAUUGCCCCGCCGAGGUUUGUCAAGGGAAGAAGCAUGGCGCCGCUCAAGUGUGCAGGGCAUGCACGCUCUGUAUAGUGAGGUGCGUCCAGUGUGGUCGGUGUAUUAAUGAUGGCGAGUACGAGGAAACCUUCUGCUUGGAGGUGUUAUGUUCAGACUGUUCAUUGGAGCAACGACUGAAGUGCCAACAAAUGCAAGUUGAGGAGGGCGACUCUUCAAACUCUCCCAUUAUGAAUGAGCCUCAAGAUGGUGUGUCCCAUAGUGGCUAAUUGGCCACACGGUGCACGGUUCUUUUAUUUCUUUGUGGAGCAAGGUGGAAAAACCAAUGGCUGUUUCGAUCUCUAAAAAGGUAAUAGAUUGGGAAAACUAGGAAAUGUGUUAUUCCUUGUGAUAUCUAGUUUUCUUGUGGUCGGAUAGUGCCUAGAGAAUGUCUGUUUGUGGUGAGGGGGAAAAAAAGGAUUUUGAAUCGCAGAGAUUGGGGAAUCACUUGCUGCCAUUAUUGGUUGCGUCUCCGACUACAGUCUUGGGCUGUUCAGUAGAGGAGAAACUUGGAUCUGUUACGAUUAUUCUGUGCAAAAGACAGGGUACCUGGUCCGGUUCUGCUGGAGGAAGGCCUGCUCUGUAAGAGGAAGGAGAGUCGCAGGGUCAGCUCCAUGUGGGGAGAAUGCUGCUCGGCACCGCAUCACUGAGGCUCCUGAUUAUGUUAUACCCUUUCUAUGUAUCUUUCUGAUAUGUACGUAUUGAUCUGUCUUUCGAGCGGUUGCUCUUGAAUGUUGUUGUUGCAUGGGAUAAUGAUGAUACUAUGAACGGGAUUCGACUCAUUCAGAGUGUUAUGUAUUAUACUGUAUUGCAAGCACAGCUGUUGUCUUCGACAUAACAAAA